UGUACCUGGGUGGAUGACACUUUAUUCUGAACCCAUUUUUUCACUGCUUGUUGGAGAAUGUGACACUUGCAGAGCGCGCAGUGGGUCGGUGCGUGCGGCGCUGUCAUUUUCUCCGUGCGGCGUUUGGCAUGUGUCGCUUCCGUGGGAAACCUCUCCAAAAGGAAUCAUACAGCUACAAACCUCGCCUUCGUUACGGACAUGAGUGUUCCUCCACAAACGUAUUUCCACGCUUUCUUGUAGGAUAUCUAGACAUUUUCUGCCUGGACACUACGUUUUAUAUUUUAAUGCCACUUUGCUAACUUUGCACUAGAAGAUCUAAUAGCACUUUUACGCGUUUGUGUGUGCACCUUUUUUGCAGCGAUGGUUCAAAAGAGCGCGGAUGAUUCUCCUGUCUUUGGGAAACAACUUCAAACAAACCAGACACUAAAUUGGUUAUAACAAACCGUGUAAUCAUUUUAAACAGAGGGACAUUAAUGAGCAAUCACAAGGGCAGCGGGAUGGCAUCGAAGGAGCGACUGUACGAGCUGUGGAUGUUGUACUACACAAAGAAAGAUGUAAGCUAUCUGCAGCAGUGGCUUGAAGCGUUCGUGGCAUCUUUUGAACGGCUCAUUGAUGUGGCGUCUCUGGAGCCUCGGCGGCUGGAGGAGAGCAGCUCUGAGGUGCCCCUUCUCCCCCGAGAGGUCCUGGUCUUCCUCAGCACCCAGUUGUGGCACAGCGCGUUGCAUCUCUCGCACACAUCCGACCAAAACAGCAGUGCCCCACACCCGCUGCUCCUUAUCAAGUUCUUCAUCAUUGUGUGCAGAAAUAUGGAGAACAUUGACCUUGAGAAGACCCCCGGUUUUGUUUUUGAAACCAUCAAGCUUUUGGAUUUCUGUUUGCAACAGAUAAAGAAAGGCCAAGGGGAGCUGGACUCUCUGCAGUUGGUGGUGCAGUAUGGGCUGGUGCUGUGCGAGAGCCUGUUUGACCCUUAUCAGACCUGGAGGAGGCGCUUGUCAGGGGAGGAGGUGAGCGCACUUGAGAGGAACAAAUACAAGUUCUCCCCAUUGCCUUUACCAGAAGAGCUGCCUGCACUGUUCCAUGAGAGUCUGCAGAACAGUCAGGAUAUCCCACAGCUCCUUACUCUGCGAUUGGUUCAUCUCCAGGGAGCUGUAAUCAGCGGAGGGAAGAAAAAUGGCCUCCUGACCAUCACUGAUCAGGCUGUGGAGGACCUGUUCUCUGUUCUAAGAGACUGGUGCUGCCGAACUCCAAGUGAGGGCAGAGACGCAGCAUUACCGCGGGUGACACUGCAGACGUUGACCUCCAUGAUCCAUCUGCUGCACGCGAGCAGCCCCUCCGAGCGCCUUGUCGACAUCAAGAGUGUACUCCACAGCUACUUCCACCUGCUCAACUGGAACCGCCCCCUGUGCAGUGAUGAGAAGGACCGCCAGAGCUGGGAAGAGAACCUGGUGUCACUGCAGAGCCAAAUGCUCACUGCUAUCCCUGAGAUCCUGCAAUGCUCUGACAGACCCGUUCUGCAGGCUGUGUUUUUAAACAACAAUUGCUUUGAACAUAUCCUCAGGCUCAUUCAAAACAGCAAGUUAUUUCAAAGCAGCAGGUUGGAGCAUAAGGUUGACUGUGACCUCACCACGCACUUGCUCACAGAGGUUGAAGUGGACCAGGUUCUGGAAAAAGCAUCAGACAGUAUUACCGUACAUGCCUUAGAAGUCCUCACAGCAAUAAUGAGCGAUUCUCCCUCUGCUAAGGAGGUGUUCAAGGAGAGAAUUGGUUACUCCCAGCUGUUUGACGUGCUGAAAAGUCAAGGUCUACCCACCAAGCGCCUGCUGCAAGAGCUCAUGAACAUGGCUGUGGAGGGAGAGCAUGCUAAUGCAAGCCACUUGGGCAUCAGUAAUGACCAGCCUCUGCUGCUGCUCCUGCAGUGGCUCCCAGAGCUGUCGGGGCAGAGGGACCUCCAGCUUCUCGUGGCCCAGUGGCUGGCCACUGUGUGUGGGGGCUCACUACCCUGUCGGACUGUGGCUGUGGAGGCAGGUAUGGUGGGGGCUUUGCUGCAGGUCCUAUCUCAGCCUCAGACCCUGGACAGACAGUGUGCCGAUGCCCUGCUAGGUCUGCUACAGGACCUGGGCUCCCUGUGCUUAAGGCCAGAGGAGCUGAAGGGGCUGCUCAGGCUGCUCCGAGCGGACCAGGACAAUGGGACAGUGGGUGGGCGGGCUCAUCCAUACUGCGCUCGCAUCAUCAGGGUGCUGUCAGCAAUGGCGGCCAGGGAGGGACAGAACCAUGCCCUGCAGUACUUUGACCUUACGCCUCCAAUGGCAGGCAUCAUGGUGCCCACUGUCCAGCGCUGGCCAGGAAGUGGCUUUGCUUUUCAUGCUUGGCUUUGUCUCAAUAUGGAGCUUCAGCGCAGUUCCUUUGAGCAGUCAAACUAUCGUAACUCCUACCCUACCUCUGGCACUCAAACGCAACCUGAAAUUGGGAAAGGACCUCGCAGGAAACAGCUCUACAGUUUUUUCACAGCAAAUGGCACUGGACUGGAGGCUUUCUUCACCCUGGAGGGAGUGCUGGUGGUGGCUGUAUGCACUAAGAAAGAGUACAUGGCUGUUGCUUUGCCAGAGUACCCUCUGACAGACUCAUGCUGGCAUUCAGUGGCCAUUGUCCAUAUUUCUGGUCGUCGCCCAUUUGGCCAGAACUUGGUCACAAUUUACAUUGAUGGGGAGCAGCGUAAAACAGCACAGCUCAGAUUUCCAUCUUUUAGUGAGCCCUUUACAUCAUGCUGCAUUGGGUCAGCAGGCCACCGGACCACUACCACCACCACCUCUUCCUCGCUGUCCCAGUCCUCCACCCCUCCCGCAGAGUUUGCCUUCCCCUCACACGGCCCGGUUCUCAUCAGGUCUCAGUCUUUCCCUGCUUCCUUUGCUGGUGGACGCUGGGGGGCAGUGGGGGAGUCUGCUGUCCACACUAUCCCCGCAGGGCUCCAGGACACAGAAUGGGGGACACCUACUUCACUGGACGGACUUUUGGGCACAGCAUUUAUCUGUCAUGAAGCCCUGCAGCCAGCUCAGACCCGGGCACUACACUCCGCAGGGCCAAAUCACGUGUCCCUUUUCAAAACAGAGGGAGAGUUAUCUGAGAUCAACAGCAAGCUUCUGCUCUACUACACUCCCCAGGCAUUCAAAGGCCAAAUAUGUCUAGAUCUGGCGCCUAAUCACCAGUACGAUGGUAGGCUGACAGGUCAUCAAGUAGUCAACUGGGACAUCAAGGAUGUUGUAAAUGUGGUGGGGGGCAUUGGUGUGGUGCUGCCUCUGUUAGAACAGGUGUGUGAGGCUGAGCAGGUUUACAAUGGAGGACAGGAAAUUUCGGACCUACUCGGACCAGAACUGACCUCCUCCAGGGGUCCCACUGGAAUGCUGCUGCCACUCAAGAAGUCCUCUGAGGGACGUCUUGAGAGAAACAGCAUUGCUGCGUUCUUGUUGAUGGUGAAAAACCUGAUUCGUCAUCACCCAGUCAAUCAAGAGUGUUUGCUGCAGUGUCAUGGGCCCAGCAUCAUUGGAGCCAUGCUGAGCAAAGUCCCAGGAAACAUGAUGGACAUGAAUGUGUUAAUGGCGUCUCAGCUUCUGCUGGAGCAGGUCUUCUCUGAGGGCAACAGUCCACUGCUGCAGCAGCUCUACCAUCACCUGCUCUUUGACUUCCGUAUCUGGACCAAAAGCCACUUUGCUGUCAGUCUCGCUCAUGUCCAGUAUUUGUCAUCUGUGAUAAAUAAAAGCAAGCAGCGGUUGAAGAGGAAGUAUGGAGUACAGUACAUCCUGGACACCAUUCGGACCCACUACAAUGUGGAGAAAGAUGGCAGCCCUUUGUUGGAUGAGAAACAAACCAUACAGACAUCUCUGUUUGUGCUGCUUAAAGAUUUCCUUAAGGCUCCAACACAAGAGGAGCUCCAGAGCUUCCUCGCUUUCAUUCUGACUGUCGGAGAGGAACGCCAGGUGGUUCAGGCCCUGGAUGUGUUGUAUGAUCUGUUGAGAAGCACUCCUCCUCGUGAGCAGGUCCAGAGCUUUCUGCUGGAAUGGGGAGUAGAGCAGCUGUACUGUCUACUCCUCACACCCAAUUUUGGAGACGAGGCAAAAGAACGAGUGUUCAGGGUUUUAUAUAAAAUUCUUAAAAGUGAACGGAUUUCUGAGCGCAACAAGCAGAAAAUUAAACUGAGGGAUUUUGGCUAUCUGGGUCUGAUUUAUUGCCUUGAAGAUUCUCCUGUAACCAUGACUUCAGUGAGAUGUCUGUACGAGCAGGUCCUUGCUACAGAUGCCACUCCUAACUUCAGAGAUCUCCUGGCUGUGAUCUGCCUUUCACAUCGUGCCGAGCUAACUGUGAGGUUAGAUGUUUGUAGAAAGCUUUUCCAUCUGAUUUACUCCAAUGUGGAUUAUGUGAAGCAGCUUGCCAAACAGCCGGGCUGGCAGGACGUUUUAACUAAACUUUACGUAAAAGAGUCGUACGAGUCCCGCGCUGCUAGCAUCGCUAACUCCAGCUCUCACAGCUCCUUUGAACCUACAUACCGUGCCCCUCUACGCAAAGACCAGGCACUUGUCAUAGAGGACACAGACCUGUUUUUGAGCUAUCGCACAUCUCAGGACAUAGAGGAUGAGGAAGAAGAAGAAGGAGGACAUCCGGACAUUUCUGAAGGAUUUUCUGAUUUGUCCCAGUCGCCUCCUAGUGGUGGAGGAGAAACUCUUAAAAACUUCAGAGGAUCUCUCCAUUUUAAAUCCUUUGACUCAGUGGAUCAGGAAAGUCACUCCUCCACUGUCUCAAGCGCAGUGGACAUAACAUCUCCUCGUCCCGAUGAAGAGGGGCGAGACUAUCAGCCCGUCUCUCCCUUUGGUAGUCCGUUUGACCUGUACCUGGGGAGCGUGGGGGACCCGGGUACACCCACUGGUACCCCCUCCCCCCUGGAUCAGAACAAGCCCUUUCCCCCUAGCAGACCCAGGAAGAGCUCCAGUCUCUCCAAUGUCCUGGACGACACCAGCUACAGCAUCGACCAGCCCACGGGAGACACCAUCUCCAAUACCUCCAACCCACAGCAGACACCUGAAGAGGAGCUGUGUAAUCUUUUGACGAACAUUGUAUUUUCGGUGCUGUGGAGCGGUAGGGGAGCAGAGGUGAAUGAGGACGUGGUUUGGAGAGAGAGAGGACAGGUCUUCUCUGUUCUCACUAAACUGGGCUCCUCCUGCCAACUGGUCCGUCCACCUGAUGACAUCAAACGCAGUCUUUUGGAGAUGAUGCUGGAGUCGUCUCUGUCUGACCUGAGGGAGGCUCAGGGGGUGUCUCUACCUUUCUGUCCCAGUCUGCUGCGACUGCUCCGGCUGCUGCAGGACUUCCUGUUCUCUGAGGGCACUGACAACUGCACGCUCUGGAGUGAAAAGAUUUUUGAAGGGGUGGUGAACCUGCUGGACAGGUUGCAGGCUUGGCACAGUACACCUGGCAGUCCAGGUAACACGGAGCUCAAAGAAAUGGCCCAAAUCGGUCUCCGCAUCAUUACGGGAUACAUCCAACAGCAGAACACACAGGUGUGUGUGAUGGCCUAUGUGAAACUGCACAGCCUGCUUCAAACUGUCAUGUGUCUGAGCUGGGAGGAGGUCUGCUUUCUACUGGGGCAGCUGGGCGCCCCCUUGUGGCCAGGCGGGUCAAUGGAUGGCAACAAUGGAGGCUGUGGUGAUAUUUUCUCUCAGUUGGUGCCUAUUGUUCGUACACUGUUGGACCAACAUGCAGACCCAGUCACCAUACAGAGGCUGCUCCCAAACCUGCCUGUUACCAACGGAAGCACCACUUUUGCCCAGGACCUCAAGGCUUACUGCCACACGCUGGAGUGGCAGGGGUUCUACCAGCAACAGGUGCAGCCGACCAAAGAGCAGUACGAGCUGGACACUUUCGGCCGUUGCCAUGACAUCAUGUCCAACUUCUGGAACUCCUGCUUCGACGACCUUAUGAGCACCGCCUUCAGACGGGAGAAGGACCGAUCGGACAGCAAGGCCAAGUUUCAUGAAGCCAUUGUGGAGCCUUUUGUUAAGCGGGUGAAGAGUGAGAACAUGCGAUACCACAGCUGUCAGAAGCAGCACUCCAGCCAGCAGGGGGUAGUGUGGCAGCACUGGAGGGCCCUGCGCAGACUACUCACCAGUGAAAGAGGAGCAUGGGCUAACAAAAUUCAACCUCCAGUAAAAUGGAAGCUGUCUAAUGCAGAAACAUACUCAAAGAUGCGACUUAAACUAGUGCCCAAUUAUAACUAUGACAGUCACAGCGAAGCCAGUGCACUCAGAGACAAUAUGGGAGUGGAAAGUCCUCGUAGCUCUGAGCCGCUCCCAUUGGCUGUUGCAAAAGCAGCAAAAGUGAGUUAUAUGGAGGAUGACCAGCUGGGAGAGGAGGACCUUCUGUAUUUGGAUAAGAAGGGUGAAGGGGAAGAUGAGAGCCAGAAAGAGAAACUUGUUUUAUCUGAAGACUGUGAACUCAUCACCAUCGUGGCCGUGGUCCCAGGUCGUCUGGUGGUCACAACGCACCACAUUUAUUUUUAUGAUGGCAAUGUUGACAAAGAAGAGACCGAGGAGGGAAUUGGCUUUGAUUUCAAGAGGUCACUGACGCAACUGAGAGAAGUUCAUUUGAGGCGUUACAACUUGAGAAGAUCUGCACUAGAGCUGUUUUUUAUUGAUCAAUCUCACUAUUUUAUCAACUUCAGAAAAAAGGUUCGAAACAAAGUCUACUCAAGGAUUUUGGGUUUGAGGCCUCCAAACCUGUUUUAUUUUGGCUCUCGUUCACCACAGGAGCUACUGAAGGCGUCUGGUCUUACACAGAAAUGGGUGUACAGAGAAAUCUCCAAUUUUGAAUACCUGAUGCAGUUGAACACAAUAGCAGGGCGGACAUACAACGAUCUGUCACAGUAUCCAGUUUUUCCUUGGAUCCUGUGCGAUUAUACCUCUCCGAUCCUGGAUCUUGACGACCCUGCGGUUUUCAGAGACUUGUCCAAACCCAUCGGUGUCGUCAACCCGCGCCAUGCACAAGAUGUUAGAGAAAAGUAUGAGAGCUUUGAAGACCCCACUGGCACUGUUGACAAGUUCCACUAUGGCACACACUAUUCUAACGCUGCUGGAGUCAUGCACUACAUGAUCCGUAUGGAGCCCUUCACCACACUGCAUAUCCAGCUGCAGAGUGGCAAGUUUGACUGCGCAGACCGACAGUUUCACUCAGUGGCAGCGGCGUGGCAGACCCGAAUGGAAAGUCCAGUUGAUGUCAAAGAGCUCAUCCCAGAGUUCUUUUACUUCCCAGAGUUUCUGCAAAAUGUGAAUGGUUUUGACUUGGGAAAUUUGCAGAUUUCCCAGGAGCCAGUGAACGAUGUGCUGCUGCCUCGCUGGGCCUCAUCCCGGGAAGACUUCAUCAGGAAACACAGGAAAGCUCUGGAGUCUGAGUAUGUGUCCAGUCAUCUGCACGAGUGGAUUGACCUCAUCUUUGGUUAUAAGCAGAGAGGACAAGAGGCGGUGGACGCACUCAAUGUUUUCUACUACUGCACAUAUGAGGGUGCAGUUGAUUUGGAUGCUAUUGCCAAUGAAACAGAGCGCAAGGCAUUAGAGGGAAUAAUCAGCAACUUUGGACAAACCCCCUGUCAGCUUCUCAAAGAGCCACACCCUCCCCGAAUGUCAGCAGAGAACGCAGCCCGGCGGCAGGUCCGUCUGGACACUCUGCCCCCAAACAUCUUUGAGCAGCUCGAUAAACUCAGGCCUUUUGUUGAGGUUGUGAGUGAUGGCCAUGGCUUGGUCUAUGCUGUUGUACCAAAGAAUCAAAAUCACUCAUUCAUCAUCCAGGGUUCAGACACACUGGUGACUGUAAGCUCCAAUGGUUUGAUCGGGACACAUAGCUGGCUCCCAUUUGACAAAAACAUCGCCAACUACUUUACAUUUACCAAGGACCCGACCAUCAGUAAUCCCAAGAUGCAGCGCUUCUUGACCGGACCCUUUGCUCCCGGGGUGGACAUAAACUCACAGGUGCUGGUGGUUUCUAAUGACGGGCGUCUGCUGUUCAGUGGAGGACACUGGGACGGCAGCCUCCGAGUCACGCAGCUCGGGAAGGGCAAGCUGGUGGGACGCAUCUGCCGCCACAUUGAUGUGGUGACCUGUCUGGCUCUGGAUCUCUGUGGUAUCUACCUCAUCUCCGGCUCGAGGGACACUUCCUGUAUCGUGUGGCAGGUCCAACAGCAGGGUGGGUUUUCCUCCGGCCUCUCCCCUCGUCCCGUGCAGGUGCUCUGUGGGCACGACCAGGAAGUUACUUGCGUGGCCAUCAGCACUGAGUUGGACAUGGCUGUCUCCGGGUCAAAGGAUGGGACAGUGAUUGUACACAGUGUCCGGAGGGGCCAAUUCCUACGAACCCUCCAACCACCCAGCGACAGCCACGUUCCUACCCACAUCUCAGAGUUGCAAGUCGGGAUGGAGGGCCACAUCGUAGUGCAGACAUCAGUAGAGGAGUGUUCCUAUAGAAAGGGUAGAUACUUGGUCCAUGUUUAUUCGGUCAAUGGUUGUUUGCUGGCCACACUGCUUGUAGACGAACAAGUCACUGCUCUGCACCUGAUGAAUGAAUACGUUAUAAUGGGCACUGUCAAGGGAACCCUCCAUAUCAGACAUCUGCACAGUUUGGAGGCAGCAGUCGCCCCCAUGGCCUUGAAGGUCCCUGUGAGAAGUGUGUCUGUCACCAAAGAGUGCAGUCACAUCCUGGUAGGGCUGGAGGACGGCAAGCUGAUCGUGGUGGGGGCGGGGAAGCCCGAAGAGGUUCGCUCGGGACAGUUCUCACGUCGCCUCUGGGGCUCCACUCGCCGCAUCUCUCAAGUUUCUGCAGGAGAGACCGAAUACAAUCCCUCCGACAGCAAAUGAGACAAACAAAAAGGGUUUACAAAAGGGUAAAAAAUGUUAAAUAGUGAUUUCUCUCGUGGACUGGACAAGCCGAGGAAUCAGAGCACCUAAACACUGAGCACUUUUACUAUGAAUUAUCCUGUUUUUAACCAGCGUCAUUCCAAAGAGAGACUGUUAUGAAAGAAGAUGGACUUAUUUACAGAGGGUUGUAUAUCAACCAUUGACUCAUGCAUUCAACACAACGAGGAACUGCACACUUCUGGCCUUCAUUGUAUGCUCCGAUUGUCUGCAAAUGACAGCUUUUUGAACAUAUUACUCUCCUGGAAACUUGAAGAAAAGUGUGCCGCAGUACUAUAGUGUCUAUUUUUCCAAUUAUGCUGUUAAGAGAACUGUUGAACUGUUACAAUAAAAGCAGAACAUGCUGUAAAGCUGCUCUGUGUAACUUUUGUGGUGGAGGGUUCACCAACUACACACUUGUAUGCAUAGAGAAGUUAUUGCUUUGCCUAGAAUGUUCCACAGUAUGGCAUUAAUUUGUCUGCCUCCAUGGAGACAAGCAGACUAAAAUGUGCAUUCAGUGAGAAUACAAUAAAAACUCACAUAAUUGAAUAAAUACUAUAUAGAUACAUUCAGUACCUUAUUAUGCAAGGUUCAAUGUGGACCAAUAACAUCUCCAUGGACACAAGUAGGGAGCAGACCUCCACCAGAAAAGUUACAUAGUGUGCCUUUAAUGCUCAAAUAUGUGAAUGUAAGUGUUUAUAUUCACUUUUGAAUCAUAAUUGUGGAGACCUUAUGUUGCCUUACUUACAUAAGCCCUUGUGUAAUGUUGCUACUGUUUUACUCUUUUGAAACUUUUACUUAUUCGGUAAGUGCCUUUCUUCUGUCAAGUUUGAGCCAUGUAAAAACACUGAAUACAAUAAAUCACUAAGUGUCCGACUUCA